CUCGACUGAUUUGGUCUGUGUGCGUCCCUGCUUUGUUGUAGGAGCGUCUAUUCUUGAAUUCUUGCUGUCGUUUCCCCCCCCAGCUCCAGUCAUCAUGGCGUCGGCCGCAACCUACAAGGACCGGCAAUUCCUCGCCGUUAUUGGCGAUGAAGACUCCGUUACCGGUCUCCUCCUCGCUGGCGUUGGACACGUUACCGAUGGCCCAGACUCCCAGCGAAACUUCCUCGUCGUUGACGGCAAAACCGAGACCUCGGAGAUCGAGCGGACUUUCCAGAACUUCACUCAGGAGCGAAAGGACAUCGCUAUUAUCCUGAUCAACCAACAUAUUGCAGAGCGCAUCCGCCAUACCGUAGACACAUUCACCGACCCCUUCCCCGCUAUCCUCGAGAUUCCUAGCAAAGACCAUCCUUACGACCCCGAGAAGGACAGUGUUCUCAAGCGUGUGCGACGACUGUUCGGAGAGUAAAAUCG